UCAUUGUUCUAGGGUGACAGUUUGUCAUACAGUACUAGAGAGCUGAAGGUGUGGUCGAUAGUGUCGUCUUGGGUGUACGUAGGGUCCCCGUCGGUAGGGACAUCGUGGCUGUUUUGCUUCUGGCUCUUCCCGACCAACAUUCUCGUUAUCCGGAUGCAUCCGCUGCGCAUAUCGAAAGCAACAACAUUCGCUGGCCAAAGCGCAAUGAGGAAGGCAGUGCUUGGAGGCGCAGGCAAGGCAGAGGUGUCCUUGGAAGAACAGAUGCAGGUCGACAUGCAUGCGUGGUGGCAGCCUUUGCACGACUUGAUCGGACACCCCACCCUUCGCUACCACCCUGCUAUUGAAACGUUCCUCCGCAAGUGUGCGGACACGGAAGCGGACAAAGACGGGUACGAGUACUUUGAUAUUCGAAAGAGCGUGGAAGGCGCGCCGUGGUUUGAGGCGGCGUUGACAGUGCAAACCCCGGCCACGAAGAAGAAGAACCGGUACCGCGACGUGGUGCCGUUCGAAAAGACGCGCGUGCGCCUUCGAGCGCCAUUGUCGUCUUGUCCUGCUGGAGACUACAUCAACGCCAACUACAUUUGGAACGAACAGUACAUUGCGUGCUGCGCGCCGCCCCCGUCCGCCAUCGAGGACUUCUGGUCCAUGGUGUGGCACGACAACGUGCACGUGAUACUCAUGCUCACCAACUUUGUCGAACGCGAAAUGCUCAAAGCCGACAUGUACUGGGUUGCCAAAGGCCGCGCCGUCGACGUCGGCAACUUUACGGUGGAGCUCCAGCAUGAAGAGGAGUCGGCGCGCGGCUACACGCUUCGCUGCAUGAUCCUUCGACAUCCCGCCACCAACACGUCGAGGCGCGUAUACCACGUACAGCUGAACACGUGGCCAGACCAUGGCGUGCUCCAGGACUUCGCCGUGAUCAAGCCCAUGUUGUGCUUGGUGCAUGGCCUCAACAGCCUCCCCGACCGAACGGCCACUGAAGCUGACGGGGUGGCGGGCGGAAGGCCCGUGGUUGUGCAUUGCAGCGCUGGCAUUGGGCGGUCGGGAACGUUCAUCGCAAUCGACAUCAUCCUCAGACAACUGCGUGCGGUGUCAACGACGUCGGACGACCAACUGCAUGACGCGCUGGACGUGCGGGGGAUCGUCCAUCGCAUCCGAAGCGAGCGGCCAGGCAUGGUGCAAACUGCGGUGCGUGUCAUUGAUUUUGAUCGAGUCUUUGAUGGCAUGCUUGUAGGAGCAAUAUCAAAUGAUAUACCAGUACAUCCGAGCCGUGUUGGCCGGUCAGAGUUAGGCCCACUUGCGGACGUAGGAGUAGGUAGUACAUAGGACCCAGGUCGUUACUAGUGAGACGUAGUAACGAAGGUUUGUCCAAUGACUUUAUGAUACAAGUCGAAAUGGCUGUACACUAGUCAAAGGGGAA